AUGGUCGUGGAAGCUGGAACUAAGGUGAUUGUUAUUGGAGCAGCUGGAUCUGGGAAGACGUCUCUCGUCACCAGGCUCGUUGGCAGUACUUUCUCCCCUGAAUAUCAGACUUCAUUUGGAGCUGAUCUAACUGUCAAGACCUCAAACCUCGAAAAUAAACAGAGGACUCUCAAUAUUUGGGUGUGUGCUGGCCACGCAAGAUACAAGGCUUUAAUGGAACAAUUCUAUGUCGAUUCACGAGCAGUGCUAAUAUGCUUUGACAUGACAAGCCUAAGCUCCUUCAAGCAAGCAAAGGAGAUUUGGUUGCCAGAAAUACGAGGAGCUGUUCCUGAUGCUUUCAUACUUCUUGUUGGAACCAAGGCAAGCUCUUAA